AUGUACCAGCACAAGAAAUACGAGGGUCAGCUCCGACCUGGCGAUGUCAUUGUUGCCAAUCACCCUAUCUCUGGCGGCACUCACCUGCCAGACAUCACCUGCGUGACACCAGUGUUUGAUAACGAAGGGAGAAACAUCAUUUUCUAUACCGCCUCUCGUGGUCACCAUCAGGAAAUCGGCGGUAUCCUGCCCGGUUCUAUGCCAGCAGGUAGCGUUGAGCUUUACGAAGAGGGCGCAGCCAUCAUCUCAGAGUUCCUCGUCCGUGACGGCGUAUUCGAUGAAGAGAUGAUCCGAAGAGUGAUGCUCGAGGAACCAGCCAAGUAUCCCGGCUGCUCUGGUACCAGGAAGUUGGCAGACAACAUCAAUGAUCUCAAGGCUCAGGUGUCUGCAAAUGCCAAGGGAGCCGCGCUCGUUUCCGAGCUUAUCGCAGAGCACGGGGUCGGUACGGUGCAUUUCAACAUGAAUGCUAUUACGGACAACGCCGAGGCAUGUGUUCGUGACUUCCUCCUCCGGACGCACGCCGCAACGGGUGGGAAGCCUCUUUUCGCCCUGGACCAUAUGGAUGAUGGAACUCCUAUCCAGCUGACUGUCAUUAUCGAUCCCGAGACUGCCUCGGCUCAUUUUGACUGGACUGGCACUGGAGAGCAAGGCUACCAUUCAUUCAAUGCUCCACAGGCCAUCACGCGAAGCGCUACGCUUUACGUCCUUCGCUGCCUCAUCAACCAAGACAUUCCCCUCAAUGAAGGCUGUCUACGUCCCCUGACUUUCACAAUCCCGGAGGGCAGCAUCUUAAACCCCUCGUACGAGGCUGCAGUCUGCGCCGGUAACCCCAUCACAUCGCAGCGGGUUACGGAUGUCGUUAUCAAGGCAUUCGCCGCCUGUGCUGCGAGUCAAGGGGACUGCAACGUGGUCUCGUUCGGCAUUGACGGCAACAUUGAUCCGGAAACUGGCAAGCUGAUUCCAGAUACUGGUUUCGGUUACUGCGAGACGAUCUGCGGCGGAAGUGGUGCAGGCCCUGGCUGGCAUGGCACGAGCGGCGUUCAUAUUCACAUGACGAACACCAAGAUCUGUGAUCCUGAGAUUGUGGAGAAGCGGUAUCCCAUCUUGCUACGAGAGUUCAGUAUUCGAGAUGGCAGUGGUGGUAAGGGGCAGUGGAAUGGUGGCAACGGCAUCCGGAGAGUCUACGAGUUUGCGAGAGACAUGGGAUGCUCGAUUGUAAGCGAACGACGUGUCACAAGGCCAUACGGCAUGAAAGGUGGUAAAGACGGAAAGUCUGGCGUCAACUACAUUGUCAAAGGUGGGAAUGGCGGUCGCUGGUGCAGAGUAGGUGGACGAAAGGACUUCAAGGUAGCUAAAGGUGACUGGUUCGUCAUUGAUACACCUGGAGGCGGUGGAUGGGGCCCCCAGGCAGAGGCUGAUACAGGCGGAGAUGCCGAAGUGCGACAUCCUGUGGAGAGAAGAUUUGUGAGCCAGUUUCAGUUGGCGCAGGAAACCAGCAACUAG